AUGUUGUUCUUGGCCAUCGUAGUGGGAGCUUUGCUCUAUUUGGUGGUCAACUUCUAUGUGACGAGAAAGCCUUUGGAGCGGAUGGCAGUUCAUUUCAGUGGACCAAAGCCCCAUUAUUUGCUUGGAAAUGUCUUGGAGUUUCUCAAUAAGGAUUUACCGGGUAUCUUCGAAACCAUGGUGGGCUUCCACCGGAAGUAUGGACAGGACAUCCUCACGUGGAAUGUGCUGAAUCUGAACAUGAUCAGCGUUACGAGUGCCGAAAACGUGGAGAAGGUGCUGAUGGCCAAGCAAACCAAGAAGUCGUUCCUGUACAGCUUUGUCGAGCCCUGGUUGGGUCAAGGAUUGCUCAUUUCCAGUGGGGAAAAAUGGUUCCAGCGAAGAAAGAUCAUAACUCCGACGUUUCAUUUCAAAAUUCUGGAACAAUUCGUGACGGUGUUCAACAAGGAGACGGACACGAUGGUGGAAAAUCUGAAGAAGCAUGUCGACGGUGGAGAAUUCGAUAUCUACGACUACGUUACGCUUAUGGCGUUGGAUAGUAUCUGUGAAACAUCCAUGGGAACAUGUGUGAAUGCCCAGAAGAAUCCAACGAAUCGAUAUGUUCAGAACGUUAAACGAAUGUCGGUUUUAGUUCUGCUCCGUACAAUAAGCGUGUUAGCUGGAUCUCCUUUGCUGUACGACAUUUUACAUCCACACGCUUGGGAGCAACGCAAGAUCAUCAAGCAGUUGCACGAAUUCACAAUUUCGGUGAUCGAAUCCAGAAGACGCCAGUUGGAAGCAGACAAACUCGAACAGGUGGACUUCGACAUGAAUGAAGAAAGUUUGUAUUCCAAACGAAAGAUGACAUUCCUGGAUUUACUGUUGAACGUCACAGUCGAGGGUAAACCGCUUACCAACGCGGAUAUUCGCGAAGAAGUAGAUACGUUCAUGUUUGAGGGGCAUGACACCACCACCAGUGGAAUUUCUUUCGCCAUCUACCAGCUGGCAUUGAAUCCCCAGAUACAAGACAAACUUUACGAUGAAAUCGUAUCGAUUCUAGGGAAAAACUCUUCGAAUGUGGAGCUCACCUUCCAGACGUUGCAGGACUUCCGUUACCUAGAAUCAGUGAUCAAGGAAUCGAUGCGCCUUUUCCCACCGGUACCUUUCAUCGGAAGGACUUCGGUAGAAGAUAUGGAAAUGAACGGAACAACCGUGAAGGCAGGUCAGGAGUUUCUGGUUGCUAUCUACGUCAUUCACAGAAAUCCCAAAGUGUAUCCGGAUCCAGAACGAUUCGAUCCGGAGCGCUUCUCCGAUACUGCGGAAUCGAAACGAGGCCCAUACGAUUAUAUCCCGUUUAGUGCUGGAUCUAGAAAUUGUAUCGGUCAGCGGUAUGCCAUGCUGGAGAUGAAGGUCACCUUGAUCAAGCUGCUCAUGAACUAUAAGAUACUGCCGGGAGAGUCGAUGGGAAAGGUUAGGGUUAAAUCCGAUUUGGUGCUGCGACCGGAUAGGGGAAUACCGGUGAAAUUAGUGGCGAGAAGUUAAAUUAAGUGAAACAUGUUUUACUCUUUUAAUUUUAACCAUGAAUAUUUUUUUAACUUAUAAUAAAUGCUAAAUUUGUAACUGA